AUGUUCUCUCGCGCUUUGAGGGUACAAAGGGCAGCUGCCCCUUCGCUGCGUGCAGCUCGCGCCGCCCGCGCUCCUGCUGUUGGCGCUUUCAGGACCGUCACCACUGAUGCGGCCUCUGCUUCUAUUGAGCAAGGUGUUCCGGAGGACGAUGAAAAGCCCUUCACGGUCAACCUGAGUGACGAGAGCUUCGAGACAUACGAGCUGGACCCCCCGCCAUACUCCCUGGAGGUUACCAAGAAGGAGCUGAAGCAGAUGUACACCGACAUGGUUGUCACCAGACAAAUGGAGAUGGCCGCCGACAGACUGUACAAGGAGAAGAAGAUUCGCGGUUUCUGUCACUUGUCCACCGGUCAAGAGGCUGUCGCAACUGGUAUCGAGCACGCUCUGACCAAGGAGGACGAUGUUAUCACUGCUUACCGAUGCCACGGUUACGCAUUGAUGCGAGGUGCCACCGUCCGAUCUAUCAUUGGUGAGCUGUUGGGUCGCCGAGAGGGUAUCGCCUACGGAAAGGGUGGUUCCAUGCACAUGUUCAGCAAGGGUUUCUACGGUGGAAACGGUAUCGUCGGUGCCCAGGUCCCCGUCGGCGCUGGUCUGGCUUUUGCACACAAGUACAGUGGCCGCAAGAACGCUGCCGUCAUCCUCUACGGUGAUGGUGCCAGCAACCAGGGUCAGGUCUUCGAGGCCUUCAACAUGGCCAAGCUCUGGAACCUGCCCGCUCUUUUCGGCUGCGAGAACAACAAGUACGGUAUGGGUACCGCUGCCAACCGUUCGUCUGCCCUGACCGACUACUACAAGCGUGGUCAAUACAUCCCCGGCCUCAAGGUCAACGGCAUGGAUGUCCUCGCCGUCAAGGCUGCUGUCAAGUACGGAAAGGAGUACACUGCCAACGACAACGGUCCUCUCGUCCUCGAAUACGUCACCUACAGAUAUGGUGGUCACUCCAUGUCCGACCCUGGUACCACCUACAGAACCCGUGAGGAGAUUCAACGCAUGCGUUCGACCAACGACCCUAUUGCUGGCCUGAAGCAGAAGAUGCUGGAGUGGAAGGUCACUACUGAGGAUGAGCUCAAGACCCUCGACAAGGAGGCCCGCAAGCACGUCAACGAUGAGGUUGCCAUUGCUGAGGCCAUGGCUGUUCCCGACACGACACCCAAGAUCCUGUACGAGGACAUCUAUGUCCCUGGAUCUGAGCCUCAGUUCAUCCGUGGAAGAACGACUGACGAGAACUUCUACUUCAACAACUAA